AUGUCGGGACGGGCCGAGACGCGAACCCCUGAUCCGCCCGACCGCGACGAACACGAAAAGUCACCGCCACGAUUAUUGAGACCGAGACGCAUCACCAGACCGCGUAACAACUAUGGCCAAGAGCAAGAAAUCGAAACCCAGCAGGGAAAUACGCGCUCUCAGCAGAAGGAGAGAACCCGGGGCAAGCCAACAGCCCAACGUGAAGCGGUGACUUCGGACGACGCGUCGACUGAGAGCGACAACACGAACGCCGCCAAUCUUGUGAAAGAGCUCGUGAAACUUAGGAGAGACAUCAAACGGCGAGAUGAUUCGCAUAGAGAGGAGAUGCAGAAAAUGCAAGAAGAACUGCAGAAAGUCAAGGAAGAAUUUAGCGCCGCCCUUGCAGAGGUUCAACAGGAGCUGCAGACCUUGGCAGAGAGACCCCUUCCCGAACCAUGCGCGCAGAACGGCCACGAUGAGAUCCUUCGCGAAAUCCAAUCCUUACGCGAAGAAAUCAGCACCCCCGCCUCCGCAAGCUCCCCGUCCUAUGCAGAUGUCGCCCACACCUCGAAGAUGACCGAAAGCGAAAGUGAGAAGGCAUCCGCGGGUUCAAUCAGGGCCACAGUCGAGACAGAGAUCCGACAGUUGGAUGAUCACACUCACUGGCGCUGCCGCGCGGUCACUGUAAGUCCAAGAGAUACCAACCGGAUCAGAAUCGCGUGUCGCGAUGAAGCCGAACACCAGCUAGUGAAGAAAGUGGCGGAAACAAAGAUCGGUGCGGGAGUCCGGGUGCUCCGGGACGAGCUCCACCCGAUUAAGGUUGACAGCGUCAAGAGGACCGCAGUACUGGAUGGAAACCAUGAAAUCCUGAUAGGAGCGGCGGCAGCCCUGGGUGAGGAGAACGAAACCACUGUCGCCAAAAUGACGUGGCUGAGCAGCAGGGAAACCGCAAAGCCCUAUGGAUCGAUGGUCGUGUACCUAACCAAAGGGACUGAUGCACGGAGACUUCUGGCCGAUGGAUACUUCCAUGUCGGAGGAGAAUCCGGAACAACCAGCGUUUUUGAGUAUCGACCACGACCGGUGCAAUGCUACAACUGCCAGGAGAUUGGUCACAAGGCAUUCCAAUGCAAGAAGAUCCAGAAUGCGUUCCAUGCGGUGGACCACACGAAUCGUAUAGCAAGAACUGCCGGAAACUCUACGCGUCACAUCAUGAAUAAAACACUCCGAAUGAUCCAAUUGAAUGUGAGAAAGCAGGGCGCUGUGCAUGAGAGCUUAAUGAAUGACAAAGACACUCAGAAUGCCGUGGCAUUAGCGAUUCAGGAACCCCAAGCGAGGAGAAUUCAAGGCCGGCUCUUGACCACCCCGAUGGGACACCACAAAUGGACCAAGAUGGUGCCCUCCACCUGGAGGGAAGGGAGAUGGGCAAUCCGAAGCAUGCUUUGGAUCAAUAGGGAUGUGGAAGCGGAGCAAGUGCGGAUCGAGUCGCCAGAUCUGACAGCGGCCGUGAUUCGGCUUCCCGAACGACUGGUCUUUAUAGCAUCAGUUUACGUGGAAGGAGGGGUGGCUUCUGCGUUGAGCGACGCGUGCGAUCACCUGAGAAAGGCAAUUGCAAAGGUGCGGCGAGACAUGGGCGCUGUGGUGGAGGUCAUGAUUAUGGGAGACUUUAACCGCCAUGAUCAACUCUGGGGAGGAGACGAGAUGUCCCUGGAAAGACAGGGUGAAGCGGAUCCAAUCAUUGACCUCAUGAACGAGCUUGCUCUUAGCAGCUUACUCAAACGAGGUACAAAGACAUGGCAUGGUGGUGGACAGAGCGGGGACUGCGAGUCGACCAUCGACCUCGUCCUGGCCUCCGAUAAUUUGACCGACUCAAUGAUCAAAUGUGCGAUACAUGGGACAGAGCACGGCUCGGAUCACCGUGCCAUUGAGACUGUGUUCGAUGCACCGUGGCCGAUCCCAAAGUAUCAGGAACGGCUUCUACUGAAGAACGCGCCAUGGAACGAGAUUAAUGCUAGAAUCGCGAGCACCCUGGCCGCCACUCCGUUGGAAGACACAGUACAGCAGAAAACCGAUCGACUGAUGUCUGCGGUCUCGGACGCGGUGCACGAUUUAACUCCGAGAGCGAAGCCGUCACCACACGCGAAGCGGUGGUGGACAACUGAUCUGACACAACUGCGUCAUAUAUACACAUACUGGCGAAAUCACGCUCGUUCGGAGCGACGGGCGGGGCGAAAAGCACCUCGGCUCGAAAAGAUGGCCCAGGAUGCGGCGAAACAAUACCAUGAUGCCAUCCGUAAACAAAAGAAGAAGCACUGGAAUGAGUUUCUCGCAGACAACGACAACAUAUGGACAGCAGCGAAGUAUCUGAAGUCCGGGGAGGAUGCGGCAUUUGGAAAAUUACCGCAGCUCGUCAGAGCAGAUGGGACCACCACCGCUGACCACUUGGAGCAAGCAGAGGAGUUGCUGUCCAAAUUCUUCCCGCCCCUGCCGGACAACAUUGACGAUGAAGGGACCAGACCACAAAGAGAGCCAGUGGAGAUGCCGGCCAUCACCCUGGAGGAGGUAGAACGACAGCUUCUUGCAGCGAGAAAUCGUGGAAGGCACCGGGAGAGGACGGCCUGCCGGCGAUAG